GGGGCGCAGGCACACCGUGGAGGUGUGAAGGCAGGGGUGCAGAGCAGGAAGCAGUGAUGUCAGGAGCCCAGAACAGUGCUACGAAUAGUUCUUUCUCAUCUGUUCCCACACAACCCUACAAGGGUGAUGUCUUAGUCUCCGCUUUACAGAGAGAGAAACAGAGAGUGGCCGGCGGGUAGUUCCAAGUCACUCAGCAAGGACACAAUGUAGAACCUAAAGUUGAAUCCGGACUAGGGGGGCGCAGGGAGCAGCAGGUGAGGAUAGAAAGGAAGAAAUGUGAGGGAUUGGGCACUGUUUCCCUCCACUUACUGUCCUGAACCCUAGCUUGGGCUCCCCCACCAUUGCCUCACAUCCAGCCUCCACCCCCACAACACACAGCUUCUUCCUCCUUUAGCCUUCCUCUUUGGUGCUUGGCCACCUCCGUGAGUCACCCCACGGAGGGGUUAAGAGCAACCCAGGAAGGGGUGGGUGGGGGUGUUGGCCUCUGGCCUGAACAAGGCUGGCCAGACACUUACUCACUUCUCAACCCUCGUCAGAAAUGAACGCUGAACUGACAGUUUUGACUGUGUGGAAAGUGAUAGUGACAAGCAUUUUUCAGGGCGUUUGGAGGGUAAGGGAAGACUUGGCUAUAAUGUCAAAAGAGGUUAAACGAUAAAAAGGUGAGUGAUGAUCAACCCUGGGAAAAGAAUGAUAAGUUGUACGAAGGAGAAAAUGGAAUUAUGAUGAGGCCACUUGGCUCAGCAAUGAGCAGCAUCUACAUGGUUAGAAUAGUCAAAGCAUUGAGCACGGAUUAAAGACAAACCUCAGACCAACGGGGAGGUGGAGGGGUGUGAGUCAGCUGACACCUUCAUCUACCAAAAAGGGAAGGUUAUGGUGCCUUCCAAAAACCAAAAAACCAAACCUGUUGCCAUCGAGUCGAUUCUGACUCAUACCGACCCUAUACCCCUCAAACCUAAUUUCUUCGACCACCGCCAGGGCCAAGCUGACCCGUGGGGCCUGCCUCGCCCAGACUCAGGGUCUCCCCUAGCCCUUGGGACACGUGGCUCCUCUCCUUCCUGGCACUCAUCAUGAAUUUCCUGUUCAACUUGUGCUUUUCACUACUGCCCAAAUGAGGCAUUUGAGGACAUCUCUGGGGAGGCAACACUGCUGAGAGUCUGAGCGCGUUCAUCAAAGCAAUUUUGAACCUUCCGCCCUGGAUUCCUGAACUGAAAAACUGGCCACAGGAACGUGCCCAGGGUCACCCCCCUCGAACGCCAGGGGCUGGAAUGAGACCCAAGACCGCGGACGGCCGCGGGGCAUAUGCUUAAGGAUUGGGCAUCCGUGGACACUAACGUCUUUGCCAGGACCAAGAUAGACCUCAGCACCUUGGUGCAGAAGCUGGACCUGGUCACAAGGAGCGUCACUUCCCUCAAGAGAGAUGCAGAGACGAAGAAUCCUUUGCCCAAGAAGGAAAAGCUGAAGCUGAGACGUGAGCAGUGGCUGCAGAAGAUAGAAGCCAUCAAGCUGGCAGAGCAGAAGCGCUGGGAGGCACGGCGGCGGAGGGCCACAAAGGUGGUGGGGGACCUGCGCCCGCUGAUGGAGGCCCUACCCGAGUUGGCAGAGCUGGAGAGCAGCAGCAGCUCACGGCAGCGGAGGAGCAGGCUGACCAGCAAGCCCAGGCCCACUGAGCUCAGCCGGAUGAGCACGGCGCAGAGGCUUCAGCUCCUUGAGGAAGAAAGGGCCCGGUUCCAAGCACUGCUGGCCAGCCCGGCCUACCAAGCCAGCCCUCUGCAGGCCAUUGGGCAGCAGCUGGCCCACCAGAUGCAACUGGAAGGCACCGGCCACCAACUCUGAUGGCAUGGAGUUCCUCAGACCCAGUACUCCAAGGAGCCCAGUGAAGGCCGGGCACCCAGCCGACUCUGGCAGUUGGCAUCCUGCAGCCGGGGACACCCCUCUCUGUUUCUCUUGCUGGGGUGUUAGGGAGGACGACGGUGGGUGUGGGGGCCAAGGAAUAAAGUGCUUCUGGCCCGGGCAUGGACGGCUUCUUACUGUGUGCUCCAGAGAAAAGCCCUGCAGCUUCCCGGUCAUCAGAGGGCUUCUGCCUGACUGGAGGCCAGUGUUCCCCCCAUCAUGCUCACUCCUUUGCCCCCACCCCACCACCCUGCCCCUCACCAUCUGGGCCACAGGGACAGCACCCUCCACCCAGGCCUUUGACUGCUGCUGAAACCAGGGGCCUCAACUUGGAGUCUGACCCAGGAGAGCAGAUGGUGGCCACGUGUGGACCGCAGACCAGAAAGAGGGUGUGGAGUAACUUGAAAAGGAAGGCCAGGGGACCACAUUGAUGGUCUGAUAGUCUGAAACAAACCUCAGACUGUCCCAGGAUGUUGCCUGACAAGCCACUCGCGUGUGGGGGACACCCCAGCACCCAUCAAAGAGCAGAGCACCAGGAAGAGGCUGAGAUCCAGCAGUUGGCCACUGUGCAGACAGUGGCAGUGACACAGGGGCCACGGUGCUUCUAUGGAAGUAGGUCCUGGAGUGUGGCCCUUCAUCCUUCUGAGUGCACACCACGUCCAGACCAGGAACAGCCUACUCCUAUUCUGCCCAAAAUGAGCAAGCCCCGUGUAUUCUCUGCAUGGGGGCACUGUAUGGGAUGGUGCCCACAGCUCAGGACCUGGGCGGUCGCAGGGACACUUCUCCUGCACAUGUGUGUUUCCAGUCUCGGUAGCACCAACGUGGGUGUUGUUAGUUGCCAUCGAGUUGAUUCUGAAUCUUGGUAAUAAAGUAAUGACACAGUU